GCAGACUUGUGGUAGACACAUCGGCUACGCUGUUUUAUAUACUUCAAAAAAAAAUCAUUUUUUUAAGCGCACUAGCAAUUUUGUAGAACUACCCUCUUCGCACUUUAAUGAUCAUGAUAAGUUCCCCCAGCUGUGACGUGACAGCAGGAUUGAAUAGGCUGAGAAGCAAAAGCGUUGACGAAAUCGCAGAAAUCGUUAAAAGGGCCAAGGAAGCGAAGGAAGCCCAGCUAGGAAAUUUAGACAACUUCAAGGAGAAACAAAAUCUAAAUUUGCUGAAAGCCUUUGCAGAGAACCAGGCAAAUUGUCUCAGCAUUUGUAAGGAAAAUUUAUUCAAUCGAUUUGAGGAGGACUUGCAGAAGUACCAGAACGUGAGCGCGAAAAAUAACUCAACUUUUAACGAGAGGAAAAAAAAAAAAUUAGAAAAGUUUUAUCAAGACAUGGAGCAGCAGCUUUGUUUCCGUGCAUGUUCUAUGAGGUGCCGCCACUUUCUGCAGGACAAGGAUUGAGAGAG